AUGCAGGAUCAGUCGUAUGUGAAACCCGGUUUUUCUGCGAGGGGUUCGGGGAUUGGACAGGCCUACUUUACGCGCGACCUCUUCACCGACGUUCCAACAAUCAUUCAGAUUGUACCGGUCUCUUCGGAGGCAUUGACCACGCAGCGUGACCCACCAAAAGGAAUUUUAGAUACCUUCACGAUCUCCUUAGAUGACGUGGAGCCGACUGCCGGGUGGUUGAGUGAUCGCAAUAACGCCUCGCUCGAUAUUUGCUUUAUGCAUAGUUUUGGCAAGUGCUACGGUAAAGUUCGCUACAAGGACCCACGAACAUGUCACCAGAUCCACGUGAGGCGUGAAGUGCUUGAUAACCUGCGGAAGUACUAUAGGAAUCCGCAGCGCAAUUACUUCUCUCGCACCAUGAAGGCCAACGUCACGGAGAAGUUUGCGCAGGUGCUCUCGCUUCUCGCGCGACGACGCGUUGCUCUGCAGUACCUUGAGUUCCGCACGGAAGACAUCGAAGUGACGGCUGGAAGCACCGAGUAUGAGGUGCAGUACAGGCUCUGGCUUGUCAGCGACGUUGACCCGCAGCGUACGAGUAUGGCCAAAGCAGCUAACAUCUUGACAGAUAAUUUCAUCUCCUUGUCCAAUCUCUGCUGGGACUUUGCACUUACCGGACGAUGCUCGAGGGGCGCCGCUUGCCCCGAUCUUCAUGGCCGCGUGGCCAAGGCGCUUACAAAGGACCGUUUUGUGAGGGCGGCGCUGACUGAGAUGGGGAAAAACGAUACCCUGGCGGCUGCGGGAGAGACUUUACCGCCAGCAAAGACCUCGAAGAUACGUAGGUCAUCACCUGGUGCUCCCCGACAUCUGCCACCGCCAUCACAGGUGCCUCAGCAGUGCGUGACUUACAUGAUGCCUUCAUCCGCCGUGCCAGCGUACCACUUUUCCUCUCUUCCAACGAUGUCGGAGAUGUCCGCGUCGUUUGCAAAACCGAUGUUCACCGCCUUCUCGCUCGACAUGUCGUCUCUCCAAGGCCUGCCGUGGCUCUUUGUGGGUGAAAGCAACGACAGCGUGUUCCCUCUCACCACGCCAUCACCGUGUGUGCCUUUCGACAGUGACCUGGUUUAG